AGCGACACAUCUAUCCACCAAUCACAUUCCACCUUAUGAGCUUAUCGCUAGCCGGAUAUCCACUGAGUCAUUAUCCGAGGAGUUUCGACUUCGUUGUGGCGCCGAUCGAAAGCUAGAAGUACACUGGAGCAACAAUGGUGAAGAUUUUUAUUGGGAACCUGUCUGAGCACACUGAGAAGGACGACGUUGAAGCUCUGUUUACUAAAUAUGGCAAAGUGACAGAAUGUGCCAAGUUCAAAAAUUAUGCCUUUGUCCAUAUGGAGGACCGCAAGAUGGCCAACAAAGCCAUCUCUGAUCUCCACCUCCAUAAGCUGAACGGUAGGCCCAUCAAUGUGGAGCCCAGCAGAGGGAAGAACCAGGGCCCAGUGAAGCUUCACAUAGCCAAUGUAGAACAGGGCUUUGAUGAUGAGCUUCGUGCCCUCUUUGAAGAGUAUGGUACAGUCAGAGAGUGCGCCAUUGUCAAGAACUUUGCCUUUGUCCACAUGGACAAUGGUGAUGAAGCCAUGGAUGCCAUAAAAGGCCUGGACAGCUCAGACUUUCAAGGAAAGCGCAUACAUGUUCAGAUAUCAAAAAGCAGACCCAGAGGGGCACCUGAGGAGGAGGACUAUCCACCUCCGCCAGGCAGAGGCUAUUAUCCCCCUCGCUACCCAGGGGAGAGGCCCGAGCCUCCCUACAGAGGCCGCAUGUCUGCUUAUGGUCCUCCUCCUCCUCCACCUCCCCCUCCACCUCCCCCAAGACGAGCAGCUUAUCCUGACCGUGGCUAUGGCGAGCGAGACCCCUAUCGGAUGGUUGAUUACUAUGAGAAAUACAGAGCCCGUCCUUACAGCAUGCCACCCUACGAUGACAGGCGUUCUGGUGCCAUCCCCCCUCCUCCGCCUCCUCCCCCGGCACUGGUUAGAGAACGUCUCACAAUGGGGGGUCCUGACCCAUACGAGCGGCGUGUGCUUCCACCUCCUCCUCCGUCCUACAUGGCCAGGGAUAGAAGCCCCAUCAGACGAGCCCCCCUGCCGCCUGCUCCACCAGCUGGUAACGGGUAUUCCUACGAGCGCUCCCGGCUCUCCCCGGUGUCCAGGGCUCCAAUGUAUGCACCUCCCCACCCCAGGGACUCCUUCUCAGAGAGACCACCACCACGAUAUGCAGGCUAUUAGAGUGUAAUUCAAGGUGAGAACAGAGAGGUUGUUAGACUCUAUGCAGGACAUGCCGACUCAUGGUAAGUCAUCUUCGGAAGAUGUGCAGCAAUGCAGCAUCUGGUAGAGAAGAGGUAGGUGUUGUUCAAACUUCUCUGCAAAACACCUCUUACUAAUGCUACAAAUAGUCUCCUGCCUCCCUCUUGUGUUUUGGUAUUUAUACUGCAGUGCUCCUUCAUUCUAGAUAAAGUCACAACUCUAAAAUUGUAUUUUCUGGAUGCCUCAAUGUUUUUUUUGUUUUUUAUCAUGUUGUGAUCAGUGAUGAGUGUGAUCACUGACGCUGUCUCUUUGUCUGCAGGCCUGUCUCUGCUCUGGCAGCUGUAGUGGGUCUUGGAGUGAAUUCACAGGAGUUUGUUGUCUCUAAACAUUCCAAGUUGGGAAAAGAUGGGAUCAUCAGACAGUCCUGAAGAUAACAGUAAAGCAUAAUGAUUACACUAUGAAGUCCAUAACAAGGGUGUCUGCAGGUCCUUAAAAAGUCUCAAUGUGCUAAAUUCAGUUACAUAAAUGUAAGUCCUUGAAUUUGAAUUUGUGAAGUCUUUGCGUCAAACAUCUGAUUGAUUGAAGUUAAUCUUUUACUAACUGUCAGAAUGAGUCAAGCUCCCCUGCAUCCACAUUUGUGAUGUUACAAAUCUUUAAACUUACCACUGGACUGAAGACUGUCUUUCUACUUUGUAGUUCCACUUAGCUGUAGGCAAAAAAAUGGAUCAAUCUAAAUCACUUUAACCCUAUGGGCCCGAACAACGCAAAGUGUGUCGAAAUUCACAUCUGUUCUUCUCUAUGGGUUUUCUCCACCAGUGUUAGUCGUAGUGAGAAGCCACUCAUACCACGUGAAACAGCGGAACCACAGCUUUCCGACAAGACCGGGCACUUGUUGGUAGUCCAGUGUUUUCACAAGGAAAAUAAAUUAUAAAUUUACACUAAAAUUAUGUAUAACGAAGCUUUCAUACAGCUUUGCACACACAUGACUCUUGGAUGGAUUACUUGCGAAUGCAGGGUCUUACAGAAAUGCCACGCACAUCACAUGAAAGCGCAGUACCGGAGCUUUCCGAUGAUACCACACACAAAAUUGUGCUGUCAUUUCAGCACGCGUCCACGUCACGUGUAUUUCAGCUGUUCGAAUGACAACCUGAGCCUGUCAGUGGCAAAAACAAGCACUUUUCAUGGAUGAGAUUACAUUGCAGCUUGCUUUGCUGCUGCAGCACUCUCUCAAUACUGCACCAACUUCAAAAACUGUUGUCUCCAUUACUCAUGUUUGAAACAUGGGAAAAUGUUCAAAACUACCAAUGUUGCCCUUCAAAUUUAGGGGAAAAAAUCCACAAGAAAACCUCAAACUACCCAGUACGUUAAAGAAAAAUGGGAAAGAGAAGAUACUGGAAGAGACUGGUUUGAUAUGUGUAAAUUUCAGUGGAAAUGCAAUAACUAAUGUGCGGUGUGAGUUUGGGUGGAAAUGUUUAAACCGUUUUUUUUUUUUUUUUUUGUU